GAGCUGCGAUUAUGGUGAGAAUAUUAAUGCUCUUCAUUCAAUCCCAGUUUUUGUUAGACGAAGCCAUUGCUGACGCCUUCAUGCAGAAGACUGCAAACAACUCGUCACAUUCAAGCGUGGUUCUUAUGCGUAACACCACGUCCUCGCAUGAACAACAUCAAUAUCGCCAAGAAGAAGCUGAAUUCCCUACGCCUACGGGUCGUACCAUUACCGGCCUUCGUCGGGUGCUGGCAUACCUAACUUCAUUCGCCAUCUUCGAAGUGGGAUCUGCUCUCUGCGGCACCGCUCCCGAUAUGGAUGCUCCCAUUGUGAGACGUGACAUUGCUGGAAUGGGUGAUAGAGGGGAGCGCGGCACGUACAUAACUGAAUGUGGUCUACACUGGGGUCUCGGUGCGGUACUCGGCCCGGUCGUGAGAGGGGGCUUCACUAGUCCCUCUUUGACCUGGCGGUUUUCCUUCUAUAUCAACCUUAUUAUUGCGGCCGUUUUCAUCCCGGGCACUCUACUUGCCUUGCCCUCAGUCGACCCUGCCGCUGGGGUCUCCCUCGUUGACCGACUCAAACGUUUCGGCUUGGUCGGCUUGGUCCUCGGCGCUGGCACCCGGGUCGCCUUCACCAUGACGUUCACCAUGGCCGGCGAACAGUGGCUGUGGGCUGAUGGACGGACUAUUGCAACCAUUGUUGUUUUCGGUGUCCUUUUCGUUCUGUGGGCUGUCCAGCAAACCUUUUGUAUCUUCACUACGACUGUGGACCGAUCCGUUCUCGUUCACCUGCUUUGA